CUAUACACUAAAAUCAAAUAUUUUUCUUUUCUUAGAAUAAAUAUAUCUUAAAAUAAAAAAUCUAACUAAAGAAACUUUUGUAAGUUAAUAUCUCUAUAAGUCUCAAUGUUAUUAAUUUAUAGAGGGUCUACUGCUACUGCUGUAGUACAAUUAAUUAAACAAAAAAUUAUUAUCCUGUAAAAAGAAGAGGCCGCACAAAUAAACAUACAUAAACCCUAGCAGGUAAUCUCCAAGUAAUUUCGCCUUCCAGCUUAACCAUGAUGAGAAUUCUUGUACAACACGCAAAACUUUACAGGAGUUGCACCCUCAGAACCCUGUGGUCGUCGGCUAAUCAAACUUUGCAGCAUCGUUUAACAGAGGCUCUUGAUCAGAAUGCACAAAUCAUUCCGGUGCUACAGCAGUGGCGGCAACAGGGGAAUCAGAUCGACCCUUCUCACGUGAGAGUCAUAAUCAAAAAGCUUCGUGAUUCUGACCAAUCUCUCCAAGCCCUUCAGGUGUCAGAGUGGAUGUUAGAUAAUGUUGUCGAAAGUAACGGUGUGGCUCCCGACAGCGUCAAUGUGGACAACGUGUCGAAGCUAUACGCGUCUGUGUCCGACGUGAGGGCGAUGGAGAAGCUCUUAACUGCGUGGGAAGAGAACUGUGGGAACUGGAGCACUCUUGAGUGGCUCAUUACUCUUGACAUGGCAAAGGCUUGCCUCAAAGACGGUUCACAAGAAAAGGCGAUAAAAUUGCUCACGUCAACCGAGAAACUAGUUGACCCCAAAACGUUUAAACAAGCUUACGAGCUUCUCACGAAGCUCUAUGGUGAUGCUGAAAAGAAAGAAGAGGUGCUACGUAUAUGGAACCUUUGCAAUAAGAGCACAGAAGAGAGUUGUGAUAACAAUGACUAUCUAACUGUGAUCCGUACACUCUUAAAGCUAGACGCUAUCACUGAGGCGGAAGAGUUUUACAAAGUGUGGGAAUAUUCGCCUCUUGAGUUUGAUUACCGGAUCCCAACUAUGUUGGCCUCUGGUUAUCGAGAGAGAGGAAUGGUUGAUGAAGCUGAGAAACUUAUUAUGAAAACUUUAAUAAAGAACAUAAGAAUGAAGAGACCUAUCAAUCCGCUUUUGGACGAAUGGGGAGGUAGAAUGAGAGUGUCUGAACUCAAAUGCCUCAUCAAGAAUCUUCAUGAUUCUAAUCAGUUUUCCAAAGCACUUCAGGUUUCAGAGUGGAUGGAUGAAAAAAGGGCUUGUAACAUUUAUGCUGAAGAUUAUGCAGCUCGGCUUCAUAUGGUUGAAGUUGUGUUGGGUUUGGAAGAAGCAGAGAAGUUCUUUAAAAACAUCCCUGAGAACAUGAAGGAUUACACUGUCUACGCAACUCUCCUAAGCUCUUACGCAAAAUCUGACAAACAUUUGGGUAAGGCCAAGGUAACUUUUGAGAAGAUGAGAGAGCUAGGUUUCCUCAUGAAACCUUCACCGUUCAACUCGAUGCUCUCUUUCCCCAGUCAAAGAAAUAUGGUUGGGGAGUUUCUUCGUGAGAUGGAAGAGAACAACGUGUCUCCCGAUAGUCUCAUAGUGAACAAAGUCUUGAGAAUAUAUGCGGCUGACUCAAACGUAGAAGCUAUGGAAAAGUUCAUGAAAAAGUGGAGUGGAGAAGAAGGGAUCAAACUAGAAAGAGAGACCAUGGCUGCAGUGGCAAAGGCUUACGCUAAAGCAGGAUCGAUGGGAAAAGCUAUAGAGAUGUAUGGUGGUGUGGCAGGGAGUGAAGGAGAAGUGUACCGUCUUUGGAACGAGUUUAAGAAGAAUGAGGAGUUGGAGGAUGAUUGGUGGUGCCGUCUUUUUAACAAAAAUGAGAAGUUGGAGGGUGAUAUGUAUAAAACUGUUAUUACUUCUUUGUUGAAGCUAGACAAUGUAGAAGGAGCUGAAAAGGUAUAUGGAGAGUGGAAACCGGUUGGACCGAACCUGGACUUGAGCAUACCUGGCUUGUUGAUUUCCCGCUUUUGUGCAGAAGGAAACGAAUUGAAAGUUGGUGAAUUGAUAAAUUCCAUUAAAGGGAAGAGGAAUGAGAUGCAUGCAAGGAUGGUGAGGGAUUAUAUCGCCAGGGUCGUGACAUAUGUUGCUAUCGGUGUGUUCUUCUUUCUUGUAGUGGCCGGACGAUAUCUAGCAAAAUUCUGGCCGUGGAUUUUAUUUUUUUAGGUACAUGGGUUACUAAGGAGGUGAUUGGUUGGACUUUAAUUUUUAUCUACAACCUUAAAUACUACCAACUAGGUGUUUUGUCCGCGCUGCAGGCUUAAACAUUUUAAUAAUUUUUGAAAAGUUCUUUGUAGACUAUA